GGUGCAGGGGCGGGGCCUGGCCAGGACCUCAGCCCUGCGGGUUGUAGAGAAGGCUGGCGCUCUCCCAAGCUGUGUCCAUGUCGCGGUGUGCUCAGCGGCUACCCUUGCACGGGCUCCAGGCCUGUCUGUGCGCAGUCUCCUGCCUAUGUGGUCCCGGCUCACGGAGGCGUGGAGGAGGCAAACACACCACAGGGGCCUCCGAGCCCGGCCGGCCUCGCUGCAGUGCUGGGAGGCUGACGUCUUCCUUUUCGUCCUCCGCCCAGGCCAGCUGAGGGCCGUCCAGCGGCUGUGCCACUUCUACAGUGCCGUCAUGCCCAGCGAGGCCCAGUGUGUCAUCUACCAUGAGCUCCAGCUCUCCCUGGCCUGCAGGGUGGCCGACAAGGUGCUGGAGGGGCAGCUCCUGGAGACCAUCAGCCAGCUCUACCUGUCCCUGGGCACCGAGCGGGCCUAUAAAUCCGCUCUGGACUACACCAAACGGAGUCUGGGGAUUUUCAUCGACCUCCAGAAGAAGGAGAAGGAGGCGCAUGCCUGGCUGCAAGCAGGAAAGAUCUAUUACAUCCUGCGGCAGAGUGAGCUAGUGGACCUGUACAUCCAGGUGGCACAGAAUGUGGCCCUGUACACAGGCGACCCCAGCCUGGGGCUGGAGCUGUUCGAGGCGGCUGGAGAUAUCUUCUUCAAUGGGGCCUGGGAGCGGGAGAAAGCCGUGUCCUUCUACCGGGACCGGGCCCUGCCCCUGGCAGUGACGACGGGCAACCACAAGGCGGAGCUGCGGCUGUGCAACAAGCUGGUGGCGCUGCUGGCCACGCUGGAGGAGCCCCAGGAGGGCCUGGAGUUCGCCCACAGGGCCCUAGCACUCAGCAUCACCCUGGGGGACCGGCUGAACGAGCGGGUGGCCUACCACCGGCUGGCCGCGCUGCACCACCGGCUGGGCCACGGCGAGCUGGCGGAGCACUUCUACCUCAAGGCCCUGUCUCUCUGCAACUCGCCCCUGGAGUUCGACGAGGAGACCCUGUACUAUGUGAAGGUGUACCUGGUGCUCGGUGACAUCAUCUUCUACGACCUGAAGGACCCGUUUGACGCAGCUGGGUAUUACCAGCUGGCACUGGCGGCCGCCGUGGACCUGGGUAACAAGAAGGCGCAGCUGAAGAUCUACACGCGGCUGGCCACCAUCUACCACAACUUCCUCCUGGACCGCGAGAAGUCGCUCUUCUUCUACCAGAAGGCCAGGACCUUCGCCACGGAGCUCAACAUCCGCAGGGUCAAUCUGCCUCCCCUGCCGCUCUGCGGGUGGGCCCCCUGGCUGGCCCCCGGCCACCCUCGCUGAGGACAGGGUCCAAGGAAGUGGGUUUUGUGCUGGCGGUAUGCAGGGGUUGCGGGGGGGAGGUGUGGUCUCCUGCCUCUCCUGGUGUCACCAGUGGCUCAUUUUCUGGCAAAUGGAGGCAUGAAAGCACGGGUCAAAUAGCAAUAAAUGGGAUUUUUUUUUUUUUUUUUUUUUUUGCAAUAA